CCAGGUGAGUGAAGACUGUUUCGAGAGUAUAUCUGUUUUCCUAAGCCUAAGGUUAUGAUAGCGUUGUUGUAGAUUUUAUCAUAGUAUUAAUCGAUUCUUGUUUGUUUAAAACUUAUAAAAGUAAAUUAUCUUUGAUAAAAUUAAGAUGGCUGCGACUGGUACUACACCUAAAAAGAUCAGGAAGGUUGAUGGAUCUAGUUCUGGAGAUGCAGAUGAAAACAGAGAUUUCGACCCGGAAACUCAAAAAUCGUUAGAAGAGAUCGACGCCUGUCAGAACGAAAUUGACGCUUUGAAUGAAAAAGCAAGCGAAGAAAUUCUUAAAGUUGAACAGAAAUAUAACAAGUUAAGAAAGCCAUUCUUUGAGAAAAGGAACGAUCUAAUUAAGAAGAUUCCAAACUUUUGGGUUACAGCUUUUGUUAACCACCCACAAAUUUCUGCAGUUUUGGAUGAAGAAGAAGAAGAAUGUUUACAUUAUCUGAACAAAUUGGAAGUGGAGGAAUUUGAAGAUAUCAAGUCUGGUUACAGAAUCAAGUUUUUUUUUGAUGACAAUCCUUAUUUUGAAAAUGAUGUGAUUGUGAAAGAAUUCCAUUUGGGAUCAUCAGGGGAUCCUGCAUCACAGUCAACAACAAUCAAAUGGAAAGAAGGAAUGGAUUUAAACAAAAAACAAAAGGAACGACAAGCACAGAUGAAAAAUAAUCGUAAAAGAGGACUUGAACUGCCAAGAACUUUCUUUUCUUGGUUCAGUGACCAUGGUGAUGCAUCAGCUGAUGAUAUAGCUGAGGUCAUCAAGGAUGACAUGUGGCCCAACCCACUUCAGUAUUAUCUUGUUCCAGAUAUUGAAGUGGAAAAUGGUAUGGAAGGAGAUGAUGAUGAAAGUGAAGAGGAGGAGGUUGAUGACUCAGUAGUUGUUGAAGAAGAAGAUGAAGAUGAAGAAGAUGCAGAAGCAGAAGAAGGAGGAGAGGAGGAUGUUGAUGAGGAAGAUUCUUUCAAGAAAGCAGAAGAUACUGAAGGGGAAAGAGGUGACAGUCAUGAAUAAGUUCACAAAGACUGUUGGCUGGUAGUGUUAUAUUGUACAAGUUUGAAGCUUUCAUUUUUCAUGAUUUUACCAAACACUGUCCACUUUAUGUGUGGUCAUCUCUGUUCACAUGAAGGUCAGUUGUGUAUGAUCUUAAAUGUGUAUUAAUGAUGUAACAAUAGAACAAUUCUUAGUAAAUCUUUCAAAAACUUU